CCUGUCGCUCCAUGCCCGGGACGGGACCGGGACCGGGGCCGGGAGCGGGACCUGGGUCGGGUAGGCACGGGCAGCCGGACCCCCUGCGCCCUCGCUAGAGCCGCCCGCCCCGUCCGCCCCGUCCGUCCGUCCGUCCGCGCGCCCCCCGGGCAUGUCCCCGGGGCGGGCCUGGCGCUGAGCCGUCCCGGCGAUCGGCGGCGGGAGCCGGGCCCCCCCGCCCCCCGCCCCCCGCCCCCCGCAGCAUGGCAGCGGCCGGCGAAGACCUGGUCGGGGCGUGCGACCUCCUCCAAGAUCGCUUGUAUUUUGCCACGCUGAGGAAUAAACCCAAAAGCACCGUAAAUACCCAUUACUUCUGCACCGAUGAGGAGCUGGUGUAUGAAAAUUUUUAUGCAGAUUUUGGACCUCUGAACUUGGCAAUGGUAUACAGAUAUUGCUGUAAGCUAAAUAAGAAGCUAAAAUCAUUCAGUUUAUCAAGAAAGAAAAUCGUGCAUUACACCAGUUUUGAUCAACGGAAACGAGCAAAUGCAGCAUUUUUAAUAGGUGCCUAUGCCGUAAUCUACCUACAGAAGACACCAGAAGAUGCCUACAGAGCUCUUUUAUGUGGCUCAAAUCCCCCCUUUCUUCCAUUCAGGGAUGCUUCCUUCGGAAACUGCACGUACAACCUUACGGUCUUGGACUGUCUGCAGGGCAUCCGAAAGGGAUUGCAGCAUGGAUUUUUUGACUUUGAAACAUUUGAUGUGGAGGAAUAUGAGCAUUAUGAGCGGGUAGAAAAUGGAGACUUCAACUGGAUUAUACCAGGAAAAUUUUUAGCAUUUAGUGGACCACAUCCUAAAAGCAAAAUUGAAAAUGGUUACCCUCUUCAUGCCCCGGAAGCCUACUUCCCAUACUUCAGGAAGCAUAAUGUGACCUCCGUCAUCAGGCUGAACAAAAAGAUUUAUGAAGCUAAGCGUUUCACAGAUGCCGGUUUCGAACACCAUGACUUGUUCUUCGUAGAUGGCAGCACACCGAGUGAUAAUAUAGUGAGGAGGUUCUUGAAUAUAUGUGAAAAUACAGAAGGAGCAAUUGCUGUCCACUGCAAAGCUGGACUUGGAAGAACUGGGACGCUAAUAGCUUGCUAUGCAAUGAAGCACUACAGGUUCACGCAUGCUGAAAUUAUUGCUUGGAUCAGAAUAUGUCGUCCUGGGUCUAUUAUAGGACCCCAACAGCACUUCCUAGAAGAAAAGCAAACAUCACUAUGGGUUCAAGGAGAUAUGCUUCGGACUAAACAGAAGCAAAGACCAGAACAUGAAGGAGGCAUAAACAAGAUCCUGUCUAGCUUUGAUGAUAUGUCUAUUGGUGGAAGCUUUGCUAAAUUGCACAAUUUCAACAGAUAUGGAGAAGAGAAUGAUUUUGAGGAGGAAGGAGAUUUAGAACCAAAGAAUGGGGUGACACAGGGAGACAAACUCCGUGCCCUAAAAAGUCGUAGACAACCCCGCUCUAUUACAACUGGCAUGCUCAGGCUGGAGGAUAUGAAAAUGCACACCAGAUCAAUAUCGCAGCCUUUCAGAUCAAGCACGUCCAGUGCCUCACAAGGGACAGCGUCUCCUUUGAAGUCCUCCAAAGUGGUAUCGGCCCCCUCCGCCUCUGCCAAGAGAAUAAGCAGAUGUCCUCCCACCUCCAAUGCUAAUACAAAGAGCUUUUCCAUACACUCCCGACUAGCCAGUUCUCUAGGGAACCUGCAUGCUGCUUCCGAUGACUCAGAGAGCAGAAAGACCUCAGCACCCUCUAGGACAGUUUGCCCAGUAAAUCAUAUCUCCAGCCAUUUGACUGGCAGCUCGCAGCCGACUGCCAAAAAUUACCAUGAACUGAACAACAACCAGUACAACCGAAGCGGCAGUAGCAGCUCCAACCUCAACAGCCUUGUCGGCCCUCACAACAGAAUCAAGACAGAUGAGCACAACACCUCCCGAACCUUCUAUCCCGGGCUUUCUACUUCUUCGGCAAGAUACCUGAGCCGCUCGAUCCCCUCCCUUCAGUCUGAAUAUGUUCAGUACUAAAGUCUUACUACUUCGAUGAAAGCUGGUCAUCCCUUAGAAACACAGUUCUUCUUGUGGAGGAGCAAUGUAAAGGGGAAAAAACCGCUUAUUGGGAGGAGGAGAUCCUUCUUGGGAGACAUCAAUGAGAGACUGGUUUUCAGAAGACUCUGGUUAAUGACUACUGCAAAUGCACUGAAAGUUUUAUUUGUAGAGAUGGAACAGUUUUGUUUGGAAAAAAAACACAACAAAAACAAACACCAAAACACAACACAGGAUUUUACAUUUUGAAGAGUUGUUUCUAACAUUUCAGUAAUACAAUUAUGCUCACAUUUUAUGUACACAGUGUUAU